AUGCGUCUUUUGGAGAUGAAAAGCCCUGGCGAAUUCAGCCUGAUCCAGGUUGCUACCCAUAAUACACUUCCCUACGUAAUACUUUCGCACACUUGGACAGGUCAAGAGGUCACUUAUCAAGAUCUAGUCAGUAGUACUGGGAAAAGCAAGUCUGGCUUCGAAAAGAUCAAGUUUUGCGGAGAACAAGCGACUAGAGAUGGCCUACAACACUUCUGGGUAGACACUUGUUGUAUUGACAAGUCCAACUCUGCUGAGCUUUCGACGGCUAUUAAUUCGAUGUUCCGCUGGUAUCGAAAUGCGAAGAAAUGCUACGUGUACCUCACGGAUAUAUCAGUACCUACUUAUAACGGAGACAUUCAGCCAAGCCAGAGCACAUGGGAAGCGGCUUUUCGGAGUAGCAGGUGGUUUACCCGAGGCUGGACGCUUCAAGAACUUAUUGCUCCGGCAAUAGUCGAAUUCUACUCUAAAGAGGGCACGCGAUUAGGUGACAAAAAGUCACUCGAAAAGCCAAUUCACGAAUAG